AUGAGUACUAAAGAGAACAACUCGGUUGUUCUAAAAAGUAAAAAGAAACCCGAAUCAACAACUACAACAACAGAUAUAGAGAUGGGGAAUGAACAACCAACUUCAACUUCAACUUCGACGACUACAACUUCUACAACUUCUACAACUACCACUACCGAUAGUAAUGGUGACGUACCAAUGAUAGAAGAAGACACAACUACUGAAAAUACAACCAAUAGUAGUAAUGGUGAUGGAAGUACUUCUACUUCUACUACAAAUGGAGAUGGUACUACAACUACUACUACUACUGAUACAAAUGGAACUGAAAAGACAACGACAGGAACAAAUAGUAGUAUACUUGAUAGUGCAAGCAGGAUGGAUCUUGAUGAUGGUGAAGAUUAUGUAGUUCAAGAGGUACCUGUCUACCUCAAUCAACAAUUGAGCGACAAUCUCUUCCUUUUCCAAUAUCCACUUAGACAACCAUGGCGUCCAUACGAUAUGACUCAAUUGGAUUCUAUUCGUAUCAAACCAAGACAACAACGUGUAGAAAUGGACUUUAACAUGGAUUUGACCAAUGAAAACUACAAUGAAAACGCUGAUGUCAAGACUGAAAAGUAUACACUUGGUUCAACUACUGUUUCACAUAGAGCAAAUUAUGCUGUUGGUAUAUUUAGAAAUGAUGAAUUUCAUAUUACACCAUUACAAUCAAUUAUACAAUUAAGACCAAGUUUUGGAACUGUAGAUAAUAUGUGGGAGAGUGAAAAGGAGGCAAAGAAAAAAGAAAAACAAGAUAUGGGAAUUGAAGACGAGGAAGAAGAUGGUGAACAACAACCCACCUCUUAUCGAAAACCAAAUGCCGCCAAAACAGCUGCUGCUCAACCAACAAAUCAACUUAAAAAAAUGGAAGAUGAAGAAGAAUGGAUUAAUUUGGAAUUGGUUGGUGAUAAGAAUGAUGAAGAUACAAUUAAACAUAUUGAUAAAUUAGUUUGUCAAAAGAGGGAAAAGAUAAAGUUGGAUUUAAACGAACACCAAUAUGUAGAUAUACUUUGUCCACGUACCGUCGAGACAUGGGUACCAAAGGCAAUCCACAACAAGGAGAUUGUGUCGCUUGAAGCAAUACAUCAGAUGGACUGGAAGGCACAGGUCAAGCAGAUUCUGCUCAAUGGACACAUUAUUGCGUUUUCAAAGUUGUUCCAACUGCUCAAACUACCUUUGGGUCAAAACAUUAUGGAGUAUGAUGUGGCCGAGGAGGUGCAAUCACUUGCACAUUUGAUCAGAGGACGAUGGGUGGUAAAAAGCGAACACGACUUCUUUGAAGUUGAUUGUGUCAAUCGUCAAGAAUUUGGAGACAAGGUGUUUUUGACAAACGAUCAAGCAAGAGACAUAGUAUCCAAAAUAGCUACACUAGACACUGUCAAUAGAACAUGGCAUCUCAAAGGUGAACCAGAUGAUGACUUUUUAUAUAAAUAUAAUAAUAUAGUUGAAGUUAAUCGUAAAUAUUUUGUUGAUUCAAAGAAUGAGAUAAUGAAAAAAGUUAAAGAUUUAUCAGAUCCAUCAAAGAAUUCAUUCCUUGGAGCAUUGUUGCCAAAGGAAUUUAUGCAAAAGGCAGGACCAACCAAACCAAACCAAGUCCAAAACAUUGUACCAGAGGAUUACAAAGAGGGCAAGACACUCGAACAACAAUUGCUCUUUUUCCUCUACCAUUUGUUCAAGACUCAUGGUGUCAUUACCAAACAGUUUAUUAUCCAACAAAUCAUCAAACAGGGUCAAGAAGAAGAGGAGGGGUGUCUAUUAAAGGACGUUCAAGAUGAAAUCAUCAAUGAAACCAUUCCCAAGAUUGCCAACACAAUGCACAACACUAUGUACUUGAAGCAACUCGGUCAACCCAAUAUCGACAAGUUUAGAAACUGUAUCCUCGAAGCAUUCCAAAAGAAGAUGAUCUUGAAAAAGGCAGAAAUCACUGCUAUUUGUAUGAAAAAACUAAACGAGGAUUGUCCAGGUUCUACUCUAUCUGUUAUCAUGAGAGAACUUGCUCAUUCCAAAGGUACUUCAACUUGGAUAUUUAAAAAACCAAAUUAA